UUAAAUAAGAACAAGCCACACUAGUAAUGAGUUAAAUUGAAUUAAACUUGCUCCUAAGUUAAAGAUUUGACAUGGAGUGAAUGAGUAAUAACUUUCUUACAAAUUCAACUAAAUAUAUGGAUUAAAUGAGUAAUGGGCAUACCAAUUUUCUUUCUUCUUGCCUCUCUACCUGUGUCAGGCGGUAGGAUUGAUGAGCUCGUAAAAUGCUUCGGAAACAAUCCUAGAUGAGGUUGUAAACAUUGCCAUUUGUAGAAAUCAGCUGGUCAGUGGGGUUCUCGGAAUUCAAGGAACGGUGGAAUAUCACGCCGGCGGCCGGCCUCCCCUGUACCCCUCCCGUCGGUGGAUUUGGAUAUCUAAUCGAAGUCACAGAGAUCAAUUUGAGCAAUUCAUCUCCAAAUUUGGCAGUAUUUAGCUUCAUCAAUCACUCUUUUGUGAUGAUUUGGUCGAGUGAUACAAGUUCAUCAUCCGGGAGAAGAUCUAUGAAGAGGGUUUUCUGCUAUAAUAGUGAGGAGUUUCACAAAACCUCACCUAAGCCCAAGCACCAGAAGGUUGAUGUGACCUCUAAAUCUUCUGAAUAUAUUCACGCCGAACAUCCAAUAUUUGCUAGCAGUAGGACUGUUGUUGUGGCCCUCUCUUCAACACCUAAUACACUGAAACAUAGAAUUCAAGAUUCACCAAGAUAUGAAUCUGUUGAAGUGAGAAGAAAUUAUGAUGAUGAAAUGGAGGUAUCAGAAGGUUGUGAAAAUUGUAACUUUGAUAAUAAAAGUAUAAAUAAUGGUGAAGCCAAACUUGGGCAUAGGAAUCCGCAUCCUAACAAGGGCAAACAUAGAAAACUAAGUUUUGGGCAUGAAAAAGUUAAUUGUUCCUUAGAUGCUUGUCGUGAACGAGUUUUGGAUGUUUUACAACACUUCAAAGGAAUCUAUAACAAGCUUCUUGAAGAAUCCAAAGAAGAUCAAAGCAGAGUCAAGUAUGCAAAAAGAAGCCUGCCCGUAAAAGCUGCAUCACUCCUCAAGCAAAACAAAAAAUGGAUACGAGACAAACCAACCUUUGGAAUUAUUCCUGGAGUUGAGAUUGGCGAUACCUACCAAUUCAAGGCGGAGCUUUCAAUUGUGGGACUUCAUCUCCAAUAUCUAGCCAACAUAGAAUACACAGAUUUUAAUGGAGGACCCCAUGUAACUAGCAUUGUGGAUUCUGGUCAUUUUGAAAGUGUUAACUCUGAAUGCCUUGACACUCUUACCUAUGUUGGUCAUGGAGAAAACCAUAAUGAUUCGAGUUCUAGUACAAAGAAGCUGAAUGAGCAAAAGUUUGAGAAGGGUAACCUUGCCUUGAGGAACUCGAAGGAUUCAAAGCUUCCUAUAAGGGUCAUAUGUCUUCAGAAAACUCUAGGUAUGAGUUUCCAAGGCUACAUUUAUGCAGGGCUGUACGUUGUGAGCAACUAUAAGCAAGAAAGAGACCAAAGGGGGAAAACGGUCUUCAAGUUUGAACUAUGCAGACUUCGCGGGCAACCAAACCUCACUCUACCAUUGGCUUGGGAUUGGGUAGAAGUCAAAAAGCCCCAAGGAGACCGUGGUGUUAAGAAUCUUGUUGUGGUGGACGAUGAUGUUUCGCAAGGCAAGGAGAAAUUUUCCGUUCGUGCGAUAAAUGAUCUUGAUGAUGAAAAACCCCCUACUUUUAUUUACAUAACCAAAAUGAUAAAACCUUUUUGGUUCAAUCCUCCUUUUCCCAAGGGUUGCAAUUGCAAAAAUGGAUGCUCAAGUUCGAAGAAAUGCGUUUGCAUGCUUAGGAACGGUGGUGAGAUUCCAUUCAACAAUAUCGGUUCCAUAGUUAAAGCCAAGCCGGUGGUUUACGAGUGUGGGCCAUCUUGCAAUUGCCCCCCUUCAUGCAAGAAUCGGGUUAGCCAAAACGGCCUACAAUAUCAUCUUGAAAUUUUUAAAACCAAGUCUAGAGGAUGGGGCGUCCGGUCCCCUGAUCACAUUUCUUCGGGAAGUUUUAUAUGUGAAUACAUUGGAGAACUACUAGAUGAGAAUGAAGCGGAGAAACGAAUCGAUUGUGAUGAAUAUCUCUUUGACAUUGGUAACUACGAUGAAGGAGAGGAGAUUGACCUAGAAAACAUUAAUAGAAAGGAUAGUGAGGGGUUCACUAUUGAUGCGGCGUGGUUUGGAAAUGUGGGGAGAUUCUUUAACCAUAGUUGUUCCCCCAACCUCUAUGCGCAAAACGUGUUGUUUGAUCAUGAUGACAAGAGAGCCCCUCAUCUAAUGCUGUUCGCUCAAGAGGAUAUACCUCCUUUGCAAGAGCUAACAUAUGACUACAAUUAUAAGCUGGAUCAGGUUCGUGAUUCUAACGGAAACCUCAAGAAGAAGAAUUGCUAUUGUGGCGCACAUGAGUGCACGGGAAGGAUGUACUAGUAGAAGGGGAUAUCUUUCUCCACAUUCAUGCGCAAACUAUCGAUCAAGGAUUGGGUUGAUGUGGGUUGGAACAGAACAUGCCAUGGUUAUCCGUAGUUGGAUUGAUGUGUAUUUUUCUUCUUUUCUAGGCAUAUAGAUUUGAUAGAUUUUUUGCUCUGUGUGUACUUAGUGUCCAUUUUUUACUCAAUCAUCUGAGAACAUUACCUAAUAAUGAAAUUUUUAGUACCGAAAGUUGAAUAUUCUGGUAUUGUCAAGUGUUCUAGGCUGCUUUUGUUUCGAAUGUUUGAUAUAGACGUGUUCAGG